AAAAUCGUGUAAGCCAGAUUUUAAAAGUCCAUUCAACGAAAUGAGGUGUUGGUUGACUGAUAACAUGGUUAUUUGCUCGCGCCAAAAUCUUUAUUCUAUUUAGAAAUGAUUUUAACCGCGCGUUUCAAGUUUAUUUUGUUACUUGUUUUGUUUAAAAAUAAAAAUGUUGUGUAAAAUGAAUCAAACCAACCGCAAUUUAUGAAAGACAGAAGCCAGAAUGGACGUAUUCGAAUGUUCCGACUGUGGUAAAAAGUUACGAAGCAGAGAUGGAAUAAUCAAUCAUUUAAAGAAAUGCGGCGAAGCAGUAGUGAAUUCUGUGAAGAAAAGAUACUCUUGCACACACUGCUACAAAGAGUUUUUCUCUCAGUGGGGACUUUCAAAACAUUUGAAAAAAAACCACGAAAAAGUGGAGCAGGUGCCGAAAAAAAUAACGAAGUCGCUGAAAUGCAAUUAUUGCCCUGCUAUGUUCUCUUCUAAACAAGGUCGUAUUAAUCACGCAAAAAAAAACCACCCUGAAUAUACUAUCAAGAGAACUGAAUUGAUAACCAGAAAGAAACACGACUGUGUUUUUUGUGGCAAAACUUUUGCAAGUAAACACUACAGAGUUCGGCAUGAAGAUUCCUGUGUGAAGGAAAUUGCAAAUGUUGCCCGAAGUAAUAAUACUACUUCCAUAAAUUCGACUGGAGGCACGUUAAUAAUUCACAUCUUUCAACACAAUAUUGAAUAUUGAUGAUUAUUUUAAGAAUUGGUCUGAUUUUCUUGUUUUUUUCUUUAGAAAGCUGUAGUAAUGAUGAAAUAUCCUUUCUUCAACAAGAGCUAUCAGCACCAGAUAACGUUCCAAAUACACAGGAAAAUACGAAUACCAUGCCUUUUCAAUUGCAAGGUACCAGCUAUCCGCUAGAAACGCCGCAGUUCGGCAGUAAUGCUGAAAAUUCGCCACGUUACACUUCAAGUGGUAAUAUUACUAUGACGCCAAAACUGCGACGUUAUAUUAGAGAUCGGAAAAAAUUCCUAAAACUUCGUACACCAGAUAUAAAUUCACCACGUAAAGCGAGGCUUAAUUUGGAGUAUGGACAGAAAACUGUUCUUCAGCACCGAAAAGAAAUCGCAACACUUCAACAACAAGUUCGCAGACUACAGAAACAAGUGAAAACGUUUAAAGAUCUUCUUCAACAUCUAGAAAAAGAAAAUAAAAUUUCGUCUACAGUUGCUGAUAAAUUUUUAGUAAGUGUCGAGGAAAUAUAUGUUUAUUGAGCAUAGCAGUGAGCUGUACACUGCUUUCGUUUUUAGGUUUUCAUUAUUUAUUUUACGGAUAAUUAUGAACUUAACGGAUACUUAUUAACUUUUACGGAUAAUUAGAUAUAUUUUUAUUGUUAUGCUGUUUGAGAUGAACUUGUGAUAAGACUAUGUAUGGUGAUGUUUGACAUACUGACACUUGUGUGAUCCUAGUGAUCCCUAAUGUUGAAAUAGUGCAUUUUUAUUUAUUUUCUGUCAACUAGUUUGCCAUUACGUUAGCUUAAAUUAAUCUACUUACCUGAGAUGAACUUGUGAUAAGACUAUGUAUGGUGAUGUUUGACAUACUGACACUUGUCUGAUCCUAGUGAUCCCUAAUGUUGAAAUAGUGCAUUUUUAUUUAUUUUCUGUCAACUAGUUUGCCAUUACGUUAGCUUAAAUUAAUCUACUUACCUGAGAUGAACUUGUGAUAAGACUAUGUAUGGUGAUGUUUGACAUACUGACACUUGUCUGAUCCUAGUGAUCCCUAAUGUUGAAAUAGUGCAUUUUUAUUUAUUUUCUGUCAACUAGUUUGCCAUUAUGUUAGCUUAAAUUAAUCGACUUACCUGAAUUGAAAAAAUAAAUUAUUUAAAUUA